CAGAUUUGCAGUGCUGAUCUCUGUGCUAGUGGGUUCUGUCUGUUCUCUGGUGUUCUGGGGCCCACUGUCCUCGACCUUGUUGCAGCAAUGUAUAAAUACUCGCCAUGGGGAGGGAUUGAGCAGAAGAAAUCUCAAUCACUCAAUCACUCCUUCCCAGGCUCAAAAGCAGCUGCUUGAUCCAUAAUGCGGUUGAACUACGCCGGUGCUCUCCUCCUCUCCAGCCUGGGCCAGUCCCUGGCUCUCCCUACCAGCUCCAGCACUUCCGAGUCUUCUCUGAUUGUAGAGAAUGCUCCCGACCAUGUCCGUCCUUAUGUGAUCCGUCACCACUCUCAUGCACGCGCCGUGACGGUCGAAACGCAACUGUACCGCUUCUACGUCACCGGCCCGUCGUCCGGUUAUGCCUUCACGCUCAUGGGCACCAACGCCCCGCAUAGUGAUGCGCUGGGCGUGCUACCCCACAUCCACCAGAGGCACUAUGAAAACUUCUUCUGCAGCAAGGGCAGCUUCCAGCUGUGGGCCCAGGGUGACGACGAUACCCAGCAGACCCGCGUUCUGUCGGCCGGCGACUACGGCAGUGUCCCACGGAACGUGACGCAUACGUUCCAGAUCCAGGACCCGGACACCGAGAUGGUCGGCGUGAUUGUGCCCGGUGGCUUCGAGGAACUAUUCUACCACCUGGGCAGCAACAUCAGCGACACCACGCACUCCCCGUACGUCCCUCGGUCUGGCUCCAGCUCCUCCGCCGCAGGCCCAGACUCCACCUUCAUCACGACCCUGGAGUCCUACGACGUCUACGCCAAGCUCUCGUUCUCCCCGCGCUACGACGCCGUCAACGGCACCGCCCCCAGCGGCAGCGUUUGGCACAACGGCGCCAACGAGCUGGGCAAAGUCGGCAAGCCCUACUUCCUCGCCAACGGCUGGAGCCCGAAGUACCUCAAUUCGCAGUACGGCUACCAAAUCGUGGCCCCCUUCGUCACGCCUACCCAGUCCCAGGACACCAACUACACCCUGUCCACCAUCUCCCUCAGCACUACCCCUUCGUCUGUCAAGGUUCCCACGUGGACCUUCCCCGGCGCCUGUGCCUUCCAGGUCCAGGAGGGUCGCGUCGUGAUCCAGAUCGGCGAUUAUCCCGUUACUGAGCUGGUCAGCGGUGACGUCGCGUUCAUCCCCGGUGGUGUCGCAUUCUCUUACUAUAGCGAGGCGUACUUCAGCAAGGUGCUCUUCGUGAGCUCGGGUACUGAGGGCCUGGAUCAGAAGUUGAUCGCCGAGGGUAAGGCGUGGGAUUACGUUACUUUCCCUACUACUUGGUAGUGGGAUUUUGGUGAGAUUCGGACGUGGACGUGGGAGUACUUUUGUUUGUACAUAUUUAUAGAACUUAUUUC